AUGCCAGUGGCCACGGCUGUUUUUUUUCUGCUUAUAUGCGCGUGUCUGCUCUACCUACCAGAGUUACAACAAGAUCUUCCGAAUUCAGCUGCAAACAGGAACGUAACUCUACUAGUCUGGACUCAUCCAUUCGGCCAAUAUCGGAAGCUUCCGGACUGCUGGGCACGGUACCAGAUUGAGGGGUGUACACUUACAGACGAUCCUUUGGCGUAUCCUAACGUGGACGCUGUGAUCAUCCAUCACCGGGAGAUUGCUACAGGUGCUGCAGAACUUCCAUCGGAGACGCGUCCUCGUGCGCAAAAGUGGAUUUGGAUGAACUAUGAGUCUCCCACGCACACGCCUGCUUUGUGGCGACUUGAGGGCAAAUUCAACUUGACGCUGACCUAUCGCGCCGACUCGGACAUUUUUUUGCCUUAUGGAUAUCUAGAUCCGGGGAUCACACGGAACCCUGAUGCGCACCUGCUGCAUGCUCCCUCACGCGCACGUCUCCAACGUCCUCGCCUUGUGGCAUGGGUCAUCAGCAACUGGUCAGACUCACAAGCGCGCGUGGCCUUUUUUUAUGAGCUUCAGCGUUAUGUGCGCAUUGACAUUUUUGGACGAGUGGGCCUCCCACUGGCUGCGGGUAGUGGAAACGUUGUACGACUCCUGUCCAGGUACCAGUUUUAUCUUGCACUAGAGAACUCUCAACACACGGACUACAUCACAGAGAAGCUGUGGAACGCGGUAGUAGCAGGGGCCGUGCCUGUAGUCCUUGGUGCGUCACGGCGUAAUUAUGAGCGUUUUUUGCCACCCAAAGCCUUCAUCCACGUAAAUGACUUCCCCUCUGUGCGUGGCUUGGCCCGAUACCUGCUCAUGCUCCGCCGUAACCCAAACAGACUAUGGGACCACCUGGACUGGAGGGAAGGAUACAGCACCGUGCAGCCCUCCUUCUGGGCCCACCACUACUGCAGUGCCUGCAGGGCCGUGCGCAAAAGCAUUGGCACCACACAGGUGGUCCAUAGUCUGGAACGAUGGUUCUGGUCUGAUCCGGGCUUUUCACACUCACAUUUCUGGGAUGGACAAGGUCUCUAAACCUGACGUCUUUAAUCUUCCUGAGAUUCACCACAUUUGUUU